UCAGCGCAUGCGCGUAUGCAGUCACAAGCAGUUAAUGUUCCUUUGAAACUCGACUAGAGAAUAAGCUAGCUCUUUCGAGCAGUCCUUAUUGCGUAGUGAUGUGAAAUAGGUGAACUGGUAGACGGCACACUCGUUCGGCACAGCUUGUCACGACCGCCAAGCCUAAGGAAAAGCAAAGUCAACUAUGGAAGGAAACAAAAUCCAAGAUGUGCCCACGGAACACAAUAAGGCAAUAGCCGGGCGACGCCGGCUGCACAAAGGGGUUCAACCCUCCGAAGGCGAAGAUAUUCAGCCCCAAUCAUCUAGCUUGAAAUGUCCCUUGGAACGCGAGCUUCUGCAAAGCUGGAGCCGCUUCCCUGUGCAAGAAAGAAGGGGCAACAAUCGAGUCGAUGGAUCUGGGGAGCAGUCGCCGAGCCCCAUUCUGCUUCCUCGGGACCUUCAUAUUGAAAAACACCGACCUUGCAGAUGCACAGUGUUACUCGGCGGUGGAUCCUCGAUUUUGACUGCUUCGGGGGCUCUUGAAGAAGCUCAGGACCUUGCCGAGUGGGAGGCCUUCCUGACGCUGCUGCUGCGAGUGCACGGUUGCAUUCGCCAGGUGCGAUUCAACAUCUGGACGUCGUCGAAGUCGGACCGGCCUUUCUACCGAUCGUUACAGAUGCAAGAUGGCUGUGUCGUUGUUGACCUCCAGACGGCUGCAGUGCGCCAACCGUCCAGUAUGUGUGGGGUCCCUGUCUACGUGUCCCAAGUCAUCGAUGAAGGUCUUCCAGGCACAAACAUGCCGAGACUUAUUAAAAUCAUCAAGAAAAUGCCUUUCCUCGACAAGCUGGUGUUUUGUGUGCAGAACAGCAGCUCUGGGCAAAGAAUAAGCCGGGUGACCUCGAAGAUCCUCGGUUUCGGCCAAGACAAAGAAACCACGAAAACGCUCUGCGUAGGGGCGUCAUGCGGGCCUUUCUUGCAUUGCAUCGGCGGCGAUGAACGCGUAGCAAAGACAGUCGUUAGCCUCGAGCCAACGAUGACACCGACAAAAUUCACUGCUCGCGAACUGGCAGGAUCAUACGGUGCCCAUCCGCUGCUCCAUGUUGAGGUUACUUACUACGCUACUCGCAUGGUGCACUACCACGUAUCCACUCUACACGUGGUUCUGGGGCAUGAGGACUAGCUUCCGUGGCAAUGCACAGCGUGACCCAAAACUUGUACGCCGUUGACAGUCAAGGCAGUUGGCUUAGCAAGCGACCUGUCACGGCGAUCCUUUAGAGCUACGUGUCUGCCGAAAUGACAAUAGGACCAGUCUGACUUUGCUAAAGUACAUCCCACUCCUGCGACCGAAACUGUUCCCGUUAAGGACUCGCUUGAAGGUAUGCCAGUGCGUCAAAGAUUGCAGGUAGCACGCAAGGCAUAGCCUUGCUUUGUGAGGUGUAUGAUGUAUCGGUACCAGGCAAAAUUAACAGCUGGAGCAGUAGCUUCAUAUGCGGAAUGGCUACGCCUUGGAGGUUAAGACGCCUGGAACAAGCCCAUAGGCAACUGCUGGUUUUAAAAGGCAGGUUGCACGUAGUCACUGGCAAAUGACCGAAUUCAUUGAACCGGUCACAGAAAAUGCUGAGCAAUGUAUCUAGACGUGUUCACUUCACUGCUUGAAUAAGCCCUAUUCAUUGCUUGUCGGUUCUUAGUGAGAAUAUCAAUCUAGUUUUUACAAAGAGAAAUUCAUUGUGCUCUGAAAGGGCAUAAUUACGUAUCUGGCGCACCCUGUUCUCCUCUUCAAGCGCGCAUUUUAAACUUCAUAGCAUUGGCGUCAUUGCAUCAAUAUGUAUUUAAUUCGACUGGUACAAUUUUAUUUUCAUAUGCAUAUAUCCAUUCAUAAACUAUCUGUUGUAAUUAUUUGCAUAUACACAAUUAACGUAUCUGUAUACAGGCUGCCUCGCAGUACACGUCACAGUAUUUUGACAUAAGUUUUUUAACCACAUGUGUUUCUUAUAGCGGUGGGGAUUUUUUACCUUCGUGUGCCUUAAUGUACCAUUAUAUGCUCCUUGUGUGCUCAUCGCUGCUCUUAUCGCAAGAAUGUAAUGUUUAUAGCUGGAACAUACUCUUCAUUUUUCCUCAGGUCACCAAUAAACAUAUUCAUAUACCUGA